AACAUAUCAAAUCUAUGUAAUCGAUGCUCUUACAAUCGCUGUUUUAUUUAUCGACACAAUUUCAGGCGAUCUGUAGCAUAACUUAUGGCAAUUAUUUUUUGGAGAUUUAUUUCAAGCUAGGAGAAUAUUCAACUAUGCCCUACGUGACUUUCUUAGAUUCCAUUCUCGGACCAAUAGGUCUGUAUGAGGGACUCCGAUCAGUAAGAGACGACAACUUCAUAGACCGCAUGUCCUAUUACUACACCAACAUGUUCCUGCUUUUCUUCACGGUCCUCGUAUCAACAGAGGACUUUGUAGAACCCAUACACUGCUGGAGCCCCGAGGAGUUCACGGACUCAGAAAGAUAUUACACGCUACAACUGUGCUGGAUAUCAAACACAUAUCGUGUACCAUUUUCAGAGCCUAUCCCCCCUCAGUUUGAACCACGUGGCAAUGAUGAAGUGACGUAUUAUCAAUGGGUUCCAUUAAUCCUUCUACUUAUGGCAGCAUGUUUCACGAUUCCGCGGCAAGUGUGGAAAUAUUGCUCUCAAAGGUCGGGAAUCGGAAUAAAAAAGAUGUUGUCAUUGGUAGAUGAAUCGGUUAAAGACGUGCCGAGUGUCCGAGAGAAGAAAAUAAAUAUGAUAGCUGAAUAUAUAGACUGUUGGUGCACAAACAUGAAACCGUUUCGAAGUGGAAUGUACUCUGGAAUACGUGAAAGAUACGGACGAUUUUGCAGUGUUGGCUUUGGGCGUCAUUAUGGAAACUAUCUUGUAACUUUGUGUGUUUUUGUGAAAUUUCUUUAUUUUGGAAAUGCGAUAGCUCAGCUGUAUUUUUUGAACGAGUUUCUUGGCGGAAAAGACUUUUGGAUAUAUGGAUAUGAAGUCAUAUACAAGGUCAUACUGGAACAUAAUUGGGGCCAGUCCUCAAGGUUUCCCAAAGUCACGCUUUGCGAUUUUGAUUUACGACAACUGGAAAACGUUCAGAGAUGGACGUUACAGUGUGUUCUUCCGGUCAACAUGUACAACGAAAAAAUAUUUAUUUUUCUGUGGUUUUGGCUUUCAUUAGUUGCGUUUUUAAGUUUUUGUAAUUUAAUUUACAGUUUGUUUUUAGUCGUAUACCCUCGCCAGAAAACAACAUUUGCGAAGAAAUAUCUCAAAAUGGAAAAUGUUUACGACAAAGGAAAUUUUCUCUCACGAAAAAUGGUCCGGAAGUUUGCGGACACUCAUUUACGACAGGAUGGAAUCUUUCUACUGAAGUUGAUAGCUUUCAAUACGAACACUGUGUUUGUCUCUAAGAUCAUUAACAUAUUGUGGGAAAAGUAUCGCGAACGCGUGCAUGAAGUUGGUCGGACUGUCGAAAACGAGUUUUAUGAGGGAAGACGAACCACCAUACGGUAUAUACCGGAACCGAACUACGGCCACGUCACAGAUGGUUUUCGAGAAAAAGAGGUAAAAGGUUCUUAGAAUACUAAGUACUAGAUACUCGCUUCUUGUAUCUGGGUGUAUCUGAUACCGUAUUUAUUCUCACUAAUAAUGUAUACACAUGUAUCAGUAUCACAUCAAUUUUUAACACAUCUAUUCAUUUGUCCGUUAAACUAUAAUAUUUAUGGAAAAAACAUGCAAAUCAUUGUCUGUAAAUGUAUAUUAACUUUAUGAAGAUGUAUGUUGAUGUAAAUAAAAGGUUUUUGUUAAUCAUUACCAUUAU